AUGAAAGAUUUGGGUGAGACACAGUAUGUUCUCAAGAUUCAGAGCAUUCGGGAUCGCAAGAGCAAAGGGUUAGCUCUAUCUCAGGCAUCGUACAUUGAUCAAAUGUUGAUCAGCUCGGUGGUCAAAGCAUCAACUAUAAAGGUUGUUCUAAGCAUCGUUGUCUCCAAAGGAUGGGCCCUUCGUCAGCUUGACUUCAACAAUGCAUUUCUCAAUGGGAAACUUACAGAAGAUGUCUAUAUGCAUCAACCACCUGGGUAUGUUAACUCUGAUUUCCCUAAUCAUGUGUGCAAGUUGAACAAGUCUUCAAAGAAACAGACAGCAGUAGCUCGAUCGAGUAUCAAGUCGGAUUAUCAAGCACUUGCACACACUGCCUCUGAAAUUGUUGGGCUUCAGCAGCUUCUAAGUGAGAUUCAGUAUUACUGA